CGCUGUUUCGCGCGCUAGAGCAGGUUGUGAAUUGCUAGACUCGAGCGGCUUGAUGCUUGCGCGGGCUGCGUUUGCCAUGGAUCACGACUGGUCAGACCGGCUACACUGGCAGUGACUGGGCUCAGCAGCGUCGAGUCUGCUCCUGCAGGUGCUGCAAGUGUGCAAGUCAAGGCAAGUCAAGUGCUCGCCGUCGCCGUCGCCGUCAUGGGAUUUAAUUAUUCAUACGGCCGGCGACCGCCAUCUGACCCGCAGUGCAUCCCCGUCGCGUCGUUUAAGGAGAGUCACGGCCUGCGUGUUGCGGUGCUAUGCCCGGAACGUCACCUCGUCCAGGACUCUCCAAGGAGCCCCAGCGCUGCGCCGCCGCGACCGGCUCCCAGCCUCAGCGAGCACUGCGGCUUCCUAUUGGCCGGCGCUCUUACUCAAGAGGAGGCGAUGCCGUCGUGCACGUCAACGAGGGGCCCUCAGCCAGCAUUUAUUCGACACAACCACUGCCGUUGGCCGGCCCACACUGCACACGAAAGCGACUCCUCACAGCCGUCCUUCGUCUGCCACCACCCGUGGGACACCAUCAUGAUCCAGGCAGAAACGAUAGCGCUGGCGGGUCUCGUCAAUUCUCUGCACGCCAGUAGGCCUGCCCCCCGGAGCCUGCGGUACCAAAUGAGUGAUCCUAUGAAGAUUGUGAGAUCCCUUACGCUUUCAUCACGCACUGCUGCACCGGCCAAGGCGGGCUCACACGAGAUGAUGAGGAUACCUCCUUGCCAAAUCUAGCCACGCCCACUCGUCCAUUAGCUUUGCCAGUGCUGCGGCAGGUGUAAAUGCAGCGUCAAUUGCCGUAAGCGGCUGAGGAGCUUGGCCAGGUGCAGCCAUAGCAGCUCCUCUUGGACAGCGUCGUGCAGCUGUUGACAAGUCGA